GCCGCCCUCGGCCCCGCCCCGUCCGUCAGCUGGCUCUGCUGCAAUCAAGAUGGCGGCGGGGCCGAGGAGAGGGUGAGCGGGGGCAGCUCCGCUCCCUAGGACAGGUCAGGACCGAGGCGGCGCCGCGCCAUGGGUCGUCGUGCGCUGAGUCCCACUUGUCUUUCCUGAAGGUGUGAGUGGCGAGCUGCGACGCGCGGGCCAUGGCGGGCAUCAUCAAAAAGCAGAUCCUCAAGCACCUUUCCAGGUUCACUAAAAACCUGUCACCUGACAAAAUUAACUUGAGCACAUUGAAAGGUGAAGGUCAGCUAACCAACUUAGAGCUUGAUGAAGAAGUGCUUCAGAAUAUGCUAGAUCUUCCCACAUGGCUUGCCAUCAACAAGGUCUUUUGCAAUAAAGCAUCUAUUAGGAUACCAUGGACAAAAUUGAAAACACACCCAAUCUGUUUGUCCCUGGAUAAAGUAAUAAUGGAAAUGAGUACAUGUGAAGAACCACGUCCCCCAAAUGGACCAUCGCCUAUAGCAACUGCAUCAGGGCAAAGUGAAUAUGGCUUUGCUGAAAAGGUUGUAGAAGGAAUAUCUGUUUCUGUAAACUCCAUUAUAAUAAGAAUUGGAGCAAAAGCUUUCAAUGCUUCAUUUGAACUAUCACAGUUGAGAAUAUAUAGUGUAAAUGCAAACUGGGAGCAUGGUGAUUUACGAUUUACUCGGAUACAAGAAUCUCAGCGUGGAGAGGUGUUAACGUUCAAAGAAAUAAACUGGCAGAUGAUCAGAAUAGAAGCAGAUGCAAUCCAAAGUUCUCAGCAUGAAUUCAUGAGUGCUCCAGUUCGCCUGAUAACUAACCAGUCGAAAAUCAGGGUCACUCUUAAAAGAAGGUUGAAAGAUUGCAAUGUGGUGGCAUCUAAACUGAUUCUGAUUCUGGAUGACUUGCUAUGGGUUUUGACUGAUUCCCAGUUGAAAGCAAUGGUACAGUAUGCCAAAUCUCUUAGUGAAGCAAUAGAAAAAUCAGAUGAACAGAGAAAAAGUCUAGCUUCUGAACCUACACAGAGUUCCAUUCCUGCACCCAGUUCUCAGCAGGUGAAAACACAGCAGUCCUCCACUGUUACUGAUCAAAAUGAUGCAAUUGUGAAACUAUUCAAUGAUUUUGAUGUUAAGGAAACGUCUUACCAUCUAGUAAUCUCUCAUCUGGACCUGCAUAUAUGUGAUGAUAUUCAUGCUAAGGAAAAGGAUGCAAACAGGCGUAUUUCAGGGGGUGCUAUGCAAUUGUCCUUUAGUCAAUUAACUGUAGACUACUACCCUUUUCACAAAGCAGGUGACAGUUGCAGCCACUGGAUGCAUUAUAGUGAUGCUACCAAAGCCAGAAGUGGAUGGGCAGAUGAAUUAUUGCAGGAGUUCAAAAGCAAUGUUGAAUUGCUUAAGCAGGCUGUGAAGGCUCACAAUGUAGAUUCUCCUACUAAAUCCCCACCUCAUGGAUCUCCACAGCACAUACAAACAGGCAAGGAACAGAUGCCUAAAGGAAUCUCUAAGCCUUCCUCUGUGUCAUCUCAGCAACCAAAGGGUAAACUGAUGUCCAGCCCUGUUGUGGUUAGACUUGCAGAUUUUAACAUUUAUCAGGUCUCUACUGCAGACCAAUAUCGUCGUUCACCAAAAACUCUUAUUUCUUGCAAUAAAAAGUCUCUUUACCUUCCGUCAGAAAUGCCAGCCAUUCAUAUUGAAUUUACUGAAUACUACUAUCCAGAUGGAAAAGAUUUUCCUAUUCCAAGCCCAAACCUUUAUGUUCAGCUAAAUGCUCUGCAGUUAACUCUUGAUGAGAGGAGUAUUCUUUGGCUAAACCAGUUUGUGCUGGACUUAAAACAGAGCCUCAAUCAGUUCAUGGCGAUGUACAAGUUAAAUGACAAUUCAAAGUCUGAAGAGCAUGUUGAUGUUCGAGUUGAUGGGUUAAUGAUAAAGUUUAUCAUUCCAUCUGAAAGGAAACAAAACCAUAAAGAUGAACCACGUGCAAUUUCCAUUCAGAGUUCUGAAAUGGUUGCUACAAACACUAGGCACUCGGCAAACUGCAGACACUCUGAUCUGGAAUCUGUAUUCCAAAACUUCAAAGACACUGAAUUUUUCAGCAGAACUUUCACAGGCUUUCCAAAAUCCCCGGAGUGCUUCAAUCUUCUGCAUCCAAUCUUCCAGAGACAUGCUCAUGAACAAGACACUAAGAUGCACGAUGUCUAUAAAGGUUUUGUCAUCCCUAAACUGACUAAAUGUGCACUUAAAACGUCUGCUGCUUCUGAUAUCUGGGCAGUGCAUUUUUCCCAAUUUUGGAUAGACUAUGAAGGAAUGAAGAGUGGGAAAGGACGACCAAUAAGCUUUGUGGACUCAUUCCCGCUUUCCCUUUGGGUUUGUCAACCCACAAAAUUUGAACAGUCACACAGAGAGUCCUCUUUCUAUAAUCAGAAACCUCUUAACAUACAAAAAAGUGACUCUAUUGAUCUUGCUAGCCGACUGCAGCGCAAACAACGUCUGAAGGAGUAUUAUAGUACUGAGACAGAACCCUUGACCAAUGGUAUUGAAAACCUAUGCACUACUGGCUGCACUUUGGGAUCCCAGUCUGCACCUGCUUCCUCUGAUGCAGAUGUUCACAUUCUUGUCCACAUCCAAAAACAUGUGAGCAUGCAGAUCAAUCACUACCAGUACCUUUUCUUACUCUACCUCCAAGAAUCUCUUGUGUUGCUCCUGGAUAACCUGAGGAAAGAUAUAGAGUCUGUGACAGGGAACCCUGCAAGGCAGGAAAAUGUCUGCAUUGGGAUCUUGCUGAAAAGUGCAGACGUAGCUCUGUUGCUCCAUCCACUGCUGCAGGAAAGCACCUGCAAAUCUCCUGUUUUGGAGGAAGGGAGUCCAAUGGCAUCAGAACUCUCGCCUUCGGAGAAUGGAGAAACUUGUACAUCCGAAAGCAAGCUAGCUGCUGCAGCUGAAACUGCACAGAUGAGCAGCUUGGAGAUGAAUAAUAUAGUUGACUGUAGGUCUACGAGUGCUGAUCACAGCAAAGCCAUUCUCAUAGACCCCCUUUUCAAAUCGGAUAGUGGCAUGGAUUUGCGAAGGGGAAGUUCUUUCUCUGAUGAUGCAUCAGAAAAAUAUUUGGGGAGAAUACAUGAAGAAAGUAGUAGUGGACUCUUCAGUCGAAGUGAUUCGGAGGAAAUUUGUGAGUCACUAAGUGACAAGAGCAAUGCAUAUUCUAGGGAUUUUGUUAAUGUUUUGGGUUGCAGAGAAGAUUCUGUUGAGUUUUUGAUGGAUAAGGAGGAUGACAAAAAUGUCUGUUCAAAUAAGGAAAGCGGAGCAGAAGGAUCACCUCUUAAAGUAACGGAGUUAGAAUCUGAUGCUGCUUGGCAGUCUGAAGAGCUUGACAAUGACAAAGAAAAGAUGGCCACAGCUAAAAUGCUUGCUUUUCAGCAUUCAUUAAGUGGAAAGCCUAAGGAACGCUGCCAGUCCAACCUCCCUGCAUUCUCUGUUUCUUAUAAGAACAUGAAGAAAAGUCCAUCACAAGCCUCUUUGGAUACCAUUUCUAUUGAUAGCAUGUUGCUGGAGGAACAGUAUUUGGAGAGUGAUGGAAGUGAUAGUCACAGCUUUUUGGAGAAAGCGUUCUCAUCGAUUAAGCCAGUGGAAAACGCCCCUGAAGAAGGAACAGUGAUUGAGAAUUAUGGUGGAUCAUCUCCAGAUGUCCUUAGUGCAGCUUCAGAAAGUGCUCAAGAUACUGUUGAAGAAAUGAUGUCUGUCGUGGUUUUUAAAAUAUUUGGUGUUAAUGGUGAAAUUGACAUCAAAGGUGAAGACACAGAAGUGUGCCUUCAGGUGAAUCGAGUCGUACCAAAUCAAUUAGGCAACAUCAGUGUCCGGCAUUACCUUUCCAACCGAACAGCAGGUUCGGAUCCUAAAUCUGUGAUAGGGUCAGUAAAGUCAACUCCUGAAAUACAACUGAGAUGGGAAAGUGGACCCAGUGCUGCAAUACAUUCGGUGUUAUCUGAAAAAAAUGGGUUUCUGCAAUGUCAUGUGGAAGAUUUGAGUGCUGAUUUCCUAACUUCUUCACUCAUGAACAUUCAGCGUUUCUUGGAAGAUGAAAUGAUUUCAGAAGUGAUGCCUAUGAAGAUAAAAGUUUCUAAUACAAGGAUCAACUUAAAAGAUGACAGCCCACGUGACAGUCUUACUGCUUCUGAAUCAGCCCCAAUAGCACUCUCUAUUGAUCUCCUUAUGAUAGAGAGGAAAGAUGAUGGUUCUUUUUGCAUCAGAGAUAACAUAACACUUAGUAAUGAUGUAUCAAAAGCUAAAACAAGUAAUGAUACAGGGGAUCAAGCUGCUGAAAUUGGUGCGCACAAAAACCAGACUUGUGUAUCAAAGGCCACCCAAACAUCUCCAGAAAUCAGCAGGUCUUCUAAAGCUUUUAGGACUUCUUCAGUCAAAGAACAGCUGAUUGAAGAAAAUGAAUGUCUUAAACAGGAAUUAGCCAAAGCUAAGAUGGCACUUGCUGAAGCUCAUUUGGAAAAGGACACGCUCCUUCACCAUAUAAAAAGGAUGAGUACUGAAAAUAAACGGUAGCAGAUUCCAUAUAUCAUACUCGAGCAAGAAGGGAUGCAUUGUGGACUACUGCUUAUGAACAGCAGGAGACUAUUUUUUUUUUAAUUUUUGGAACCUGAGCCUGGAACAAAAUUUCUGUGGAACACACACUUUGGUGAAUAUCUACAAAGGGAUUAGGAUUUCAACUGUUUCUCUUUAGCUUGGAUUAAGCUGCAGUAAUGCAGGGGAAAUCAACUUCUAUUAUACAUCUACUAAUUUGUUUAAUAGGAAAUAUCCUUCAUUUCACAAAUAUGUAAGGCAAUGUUGUCUGGAAACAAUUUGUAGAAAUAGGAAUGUAUAAUGCAGGAAAAAGAUUCUGGCAUGAGUAAAUGCAUAAAAUGUAUCAUAUGUCACUGAUAGAAUAUCUUCAUUUUUGAAGAUAAAAACGUUAGAAGAAAAGGAGAUUCAAGGGAGACUACAGUUGGGACAUAAAAUGGUCUAGCAUUGCUACUAAAACCUGAUGAAACCAGCCAGACUAGCCCUAAGGUCAGCAGAACAAGCCUGGGGAUGAGUACCCCACUUCCUGGCCAAAUUGUGUCAGUACUGUGAAGCCAUUCAUAGCAUAGUAUGGGAAAGACAUGACUGCAGAAAGUGGGGGAAACUCUCUAGCUCUGCAGGAAUCCUGCUGAUGCUUGCUUCCUUUUUGUCUACUCCCUUUGAUGGUUGCACAGUGAAGUUAUUAGAGCGUUGUCUGGAAAGCUAAGCAGUUGGAUUGUCACCAAGUCUGAGGGACUGACUUGUACAAGAUUAUUAUUAGAGUCGUCUUUGCAAUGUUGACCACUGGUAAUUUCUAGGCACAUUCUUUCACUCAUUGAACCUCAGCUGCUUUUAAUAUGAUACCCCAUGAAAUUUAAAUCUGUAGGUGUUCAAUUUUUUGUAAAAAGUGUAAUCUAAAUGUAUAUUAAUGUGCUUGGAAAGAAAAAUUUAAUAAUUGUUAAUUGCCCCGUUGAACUUGUGAAAUUCCAUAAAAAAUGUAAAGCUACAUUUUAAACCAUGGGUUACUUGUAAAAACUUAAAUUCUAAUUUUCAACUGAGAACUGCAACAAAUGUAUAAAUAAAAGGCAUGUACUUGUGCAAGAGGUUUUAAGGACUUCUUAAAAUAAUGAGCAAAACCAAACAGUUGAGAUAAAUUUGUUUUGGACAGAAGUAUGUAUUUGAAUAAUUUAGCCAAUGACUUUUAAUUGAAGACAUUUUAUCUGGUUCUAUAAUUUUUGUGCCUGCAUUGUAGAAUAUUUUAGGGAAAGAGAGAAUCCUGCUACUCCGAAUUCUGUGAUUGGGGGUUUAGCUGCUUGGGAAACUAAGGGACUGAUUUAAUUAAAAGUGUGUUUUUCUUCUCUGA